AAUCCCUUCUAUUAUCAGGCCCGAAUUUUGCGGGAGGGAAAAUGCACAAUACGCAGAGAAAUGGGUAGCUUAUACACUGCCUUUUUCUUCAGAGGUUCUCCUUUUCUAGCGGAUCUUGAAACGCCCAUUACAUUGUAAUUGUUGUCUUUGAAAGUAGCAAUUGUACAAUCAAACUUGUAGAUAUAUAGAUACAGAUAUUUAUAGAGAGAGGGAAAGAGGGAAACAGUGUGGCCGUUUACAGGCCACGGGCAAACCCCAUUCGUCAUCAUCGUCGUCGUCGUUGUUGAAACAAAUAAAACAGAAAAAAAUAGGGAAAAAAAUAAAGACCCAAUUUUUUCUUUUUUCGAAAAAAUAUUGAUAACAAUCUCCUGCAACACCAUUGUUGUUUGUAUUUGAAGUUUUCUUUUUUCUUUCUCAUACGGUGGUGUUUGCAAGUUUAAUUUUUGAGUUUUUUAUGUUUACUUUUCUGGGAUUUCAUUUUGUGAAAUUUUGCAUUUUUUAUUUUUUAUUAUUAUUUUUUUGUUUAUGUAAUUUUUGUAAUUAUUUUUGGAAUUUUGAGUAAGGCAAGAUGCAGAAUAAUAUAUUUACUACAAUGCGUAGUUUGAAGAUGAUGGAUGGGUGCAAGGGCACCCAAGUAUACUCUGUUAAUAAUCCGACAACCACUGGUGGCGGCGGUGGUGGUGUGGGGGAGAAAUUUAUACAACACCUGCAAGAUCAUUUGAGGGUUAAUCCGAAUUGGUCGAAAUCUCAUCGUCGUUACAAUAGUUUAUCUGGGAAUUGUAAUGUGAAUUCGAAUGAAUUGGUUGAGGCAUUAGCGAUAUAUGGGCUUCCUCAGUUGGAUCUCAUUGAGCCCCAGAUAGAGCCGUGUCUUAAAUUUGUCGAGUUUGUGGAGAUCUUAGCUGAGGCUUAUAGAAAAAUGGUGAAUUGCCCUCAAUUUGAGAGAUCAGGAUUGUAUCUUGAGCAAUGUGCAAUAUUUAGGGGGUUGCCUGAUCCGAAAUUGUUUAGGAGAUGUCUUACAUCGGCUAGGCAACACGCUGUGGAUGUGCAUUCUAAGGUCGUGCUUUCAGCUUGGUUGAGGUAUGAGAGGAGGGAGGACGAGUUUAUUGGUAUAUCGGCCAUGGAUUGUUGUGGGCGGAUCAUGGAAUGCCCGAGGAGUUCACUUGUUUCAGGGUAUAAUCCCGAGUCUGUGAAUGAUCCUUGUUCGUGUCCCCGUGUUCUGGAGGAAAGUGGGGAGGCUAAUUUUGAGGACGAAAGCAUGGAAUGCUCGACUUCGUUCAGUUUUAAUGAUGAUGUUGAUUAUGAUAUGUAUUUUUGUGUUGGUGAUGAUGAGGUGAAGUGCAAUAGAUAUAACAUGGCCUCAAUUUCCAGACCAUUUAACGCAAUGUUGUAUGGUAGCUUCAUGGAAUCACGGAAAGAAAGGAUAUAUUUUUCCCAGAAUGGGAUUUCAGCAAAUGGGAUGAGAGCCGCGGAGGUGUUUAGCAGGACGAAGAGUGUAGAUUCGUUUGAUUCGAAUAUUGUCCUGGAACUUCUUUUAUUGGCUAAUAAGUUUUGUUGUGAGGAAAUGAAGUCUGCUUGUGAUGCACAUUUAGCAUCUCUGGUCGGCGAUAUGGACAAUGCUAUGCUGCUAAUUGAAUAUGGAUUGGAGGAGACUGCAUAUCUUUUAGUGGCAGCUUGCUUGCAGGUAUUUUUGAGGGAGCUACCAAAUUCGAUGCACAAUCCAAAUGUCACAAGGCUGUUCUGCUCUUCAGAGGGACGCGAAAGACUAGCAUUGGCGGGGCAUUCUUCAUUUUUGCUGUACAGUUUUUUGAGCCAGAUAGCAAUGGAGGAAGACAUGAAAUCAAACACAACUGUAAUUCUGUUGGAAAGAAUGGGAGAUUGUGCUGCUGAAAAUUGGCAAAAGCAACUUGCAUCCCAUCAGCUAGGGUGUGUGAUGCUCGAGAGGGAGGAAUACAAGGAUGCCCAGAAAUGGUUUGAAGCAGCUGUGGAAGCUGGUCAUGUUUAUUCUUUAGUUGGCGUAGCUAGAGCCAAGUUUAAGCGUGGUCACAAGUACAAGGCAUACAAGUUGAUGAACUCACUCAUUUCUGACUACACGCCUUGUGGGUGGAUGUACCAGGAACGAUCUCUGUAUUCUAGUGGAAAAGAGAAGAUGAUGGAUUUGGAUACCGCUACUGAAAUGGACCCCACUCUUUCCUAUCCAUACAAAUAUAGGGCUGUCUCUAUGGUGGAGGAUAAACUCGGGGGUGCUAUCUCUGAGAUUAACAAAAUAAUCCGUUUUAAGGUCUCUCCCGAUUGCCUUGAGCUCCGUGCAUGGUUUUCAAUUUCCCUCAUGGAUUAUGAAGGGGCUCUAAGAGAUGCUCGAGCGCUUCUAACUCUGGAUCCCCAUUACAUGAUGUUUCAUGGGAAGCUGGAGGGCUGCCACUUAGUCGAACUCUUAUCUCAUCAUGUUCAGCAAUGGAGUCAUGCUGAUUGCUGGAUACAACUUCACGAUAGAUGGUCGUCUGUAGAUGAUAUUGGCUCUCUUGCUGUUGUACACCAAAUGUUGGAUAACGAUACCGGGAUGAGCCUGUUGCUAUUUCGCCAAUCUCUCAUCCUCCUGCGGUGA